AUGACCGGUGCACCCAACCCAACUGGAGGAUACUCAGGAGGGUCAGGCUACGCCGGCGGAGGUCGACCACCACCUAGAACCUACGAAGACCGUGCUGCGGCAAAAGAACAAAUGAUGCAAUCAGUGCGCGAGUCUUCUCAACAAGACCGCCGUGUCUAUGUGGGCAAUUUGGCUUACGACGUCAAAUGGCACCAUCUCAAAGAUUUUAUGAGACAAGCUGGAGAAGUUCUCUUUGCUGAUGUCUUGACUCUUCCGAAUGGAAUGUCGAAGGUGGGCGCCAUUGUGAUUGUGGAAUACGCAACUAGGGAACAAGCCCAACAGGCUAUCCAGACACUCAGCAACCAGAGCCUCAUGGGCCGUCUCGUCUACGUCCGAGAGGAUCGCGAAACAGAGCCUCGAUUCACUGGUCCAUCAGCUCGCGGCGGCUUUGACGGCGGGCGAGGCGGGUUCGGGGGGUACGGCGGUGGUCCAUAUGGUGGCGGUAUGGGCGCCGGUGGAGGUGGUGUUGGUGGCGGCCGACAACUCUACAUCUCCAAUCUUCCGUUCAAUGUCGGCUGGCAGGAUCUGAAGGAUCUCUUCCGCCAGGCUGCUCAAGAGGGAACUGUUAUUCGAGCCGAUGUGCAUGUGGAUCCAAGUGGCCGCCCCAAAGGAACCGGGAUUGUCGCCUUCGAAUCUCCUAAUGAUGCCCGCAACGCCAUUCAACAAUUCAACGGAUACGACUGGCACGGCCGGGCCCUCGAGGUUCGAGAGGACCGUUAUGCGGGCAGCGGCGGAGCCGGCAUGGGAUAUGGUGGACGAGGAGGAUUCGGCGGCGGAUUCGGCGGUAUGCGUGGUGGCUACGGUGGAGGUAGAGGAGGCUUCGGUGGCCGUGGAGGCUACGGCGGCGGUGGUGGCUAUUCCCGCGGUGGAUAUGGUGGUGGGUAUGGAGGAGGCGGAGGCGGCGGUGGAUAUGGCGGUGCUGCUGCUCAAGAACCAGCGGCGCCCAAUCCAUUUACCGACUUCGCAACCUCAGGAGGCGAGAGAAGCCAAACGAUCUACGUGCGAAACCUCCCUUGGUCCACGAGCAACGAAGACCUGGUCGAACUGUUCACUACUAUUGGCAAAGUUGAACGUGCAGAGAUCCAAUAUGAACCGAGUGGACGGUCUCGAGGAACUGGUGUGGUCGAGUUCGACAGUGCUGAAAACGCCGAGACAGCCAUCUCGAAAUUCACUGGCUACAUGUACGGCGGGCGCCCACUUGGACUGAGCUACGUCAAAUACACCAAUGCGAACGGCAACGAGGCCAUGGAGGGUCAAGAGGCCACGGGGGGCAUGACUCAAGAUCAAAUGAUGUGA